AUGACAUUCCAAACGAAUUAUCCAACUGCUCCGCGUCAAGAUGCAGGGUUUCGUAUCUUUGCACGUAGUGCUUAUCCGGCGAAAUACAAUUUUGCUGUUGAUAAUUACAAUUAUGUUUGCUCGAUUCAUAAACUGAACAUGCGCGGUGGUCAUUUGUUCUUAUUUCGGUCGGUUGUUACCAUCGUUUGGGCAAUUUCUCUGCUUUUCGCUUUCCUUUCUCUGUUCAAGUCAAUCUUUAUGGUGGUGACAGUCAUUUGCAGUUUAUUUUACAUUGUUUUCUCAAUUUAUAACAGCUAUGUCUUCUUUCGCAACCGUGAUCUUUUGAAUGCGACUCGUUUGCUGGCAGCCAAAGUUCCAGCGUUGAACGGCGCUGAUCACGAAUGGGUAAGUAUUCCCUUGAAAUCCGGACACAUCAAUAGUCGCUUAGCGGAUAUUGAUCAAUCAUCGUUCAUUCGUCUUCAAGAAGAAUAUCUUGGUGGUAAUCAGCCUGAAGUUCCUUGUAUGAUUUAUACGAAAACUUAUGCUGAGACAUAUCCAACAUUUCCUAAAGAACUUUUGUUGCAUUGUUUUGCGUUUUUAUUGACAACUAUAUUCGCUUGUAUAAUGGCAGCACUGUGA